AUGUCUGCUGUGCUUGGAACUGUUGCAAAGUGGGCCAUUCCUGUUGGUCUUGCUGUUGGUGCUGCUCAAUCAGCCAUGUAUGAUGUCCAGGGUGGUUACAGAGCUGUCAUUUUCGAUCGUAUUCAAGGUGUCAAACCUAAUGCCAUUGGUGAAGGCACUCACUUUUUAAUUCCUUGGCUUCAACGUGCUGUUUUGUUUGACGUUCGUACAAGACCUCGUAAUAUUUCUACAACCACUGGUUCCAAAGACAUGCAGAUGGUUUCCUUGACCCUUCGUGUCUUACACCGUCCCGAGAUCAAGAACCUUCCUCUGAUCUAUCAAAACUUGGGUCAAGAUUAUGAUGAAAGAGUAUUGCCUUCUAUUGGUAACGAAGUCUUGAAGGCUAUUGUUGCUCAAUUCGAUGCUUCCGAAUUGAUCACCCAGCGUGAAGUUGUUUCUGCAAGAAUCCGUGAGGAAUUGUACAAGCGUGCCAAGGACUUUAACUUGGCUUUAGAGGAUGUCUCUAUCACACACAUGACUUUCGGUAGAGAAUUCACUAAUGCUGUCGAACAAAAGCAAAUUGCUCAACAGGAAGCUGAACGUGCCAAGUUUAUUGUCGAACGUGCCGAACAAGAGAAGCAAGCAGCCAUCAUUCGUGCUGAAGGUGAUUCAGAAGCAGCAGAAAUGAUUUCUUCCGCAUUAGCCAAAGCAGGCGAUGGAUUUAUUGCUUUCCGUAGAAUUGAAGCUAGUAAAGAAAUUGCUCAAACUCUCUCUCAAACACAAAAUGUUACUUAUUUGCCUAGCAACAAGAAUGGUAACAACAUGCUCCUUGGUGUCAAGGCAUAA